AUGGCCGCCGACUUUCCUCUGCCCAACGAGCUCUUGGUAGUCAUCUUCAAGCACCUAGAUGGUGGAAGUCUUCGCACUCUUUCUAGGGUCAACCGCCGCUUCGCCCAUGUAUUGCAGCAAGAGCGACUGCUGUACCGCCAUGGAGUGUUCUCAUCUUUCGGUCUGCGCUUCCCGGGUGCGCUCAAGCCUACGCCGUUUCUCGCUUUGCCAGAGCUGGGAAUCACGCCGGUCAGCCCGCUCAAUGGAAGGAAGGUCUUUGAAGAAAUACAGCGACUCGAGGUGCGACCGCACUCGCCAGACAAAUGCGUCAUGUUCGACCUCAUGUGGCCCCGGGGAACAGCACACACCUCUGCACAAGCUGUAAUCUACGACGAAGGUGCCUGGUGCUUGCCGGUAUUGUGCAUUGAGCUUCUUACCCCAGACCCCACCGCGCCAUCCCCCCAGGCCCAAGGCCGCCAAGUCGAAGGCGGCUUGAGUACGCUUUUGCACGUUGUCACCGACGAGGUUAAUGAUAAAGACUUGCCGACACACAGAGCCUUGAAGUACUCAGAUUCACCUCCUGCCUCGAGAGACGAUGGCACCUACUGGUCCGACAUGGUAGGAUGCCGCUACAUCGACCAUUUUAUUGUGAAUGAACCGAGCGUAAUGAUUGACAAGAUCGUUGUCCGCAACGCUCCCGCAGUGCUGUACCAUCAAUCUCCGAGCACUCUUCUCCUUCCUCGCUACUUUUUCGCCGCCGAACAAUGUGUGCUUGUUAUCAACUCAGCCGGUCUUUGGAAGGACAAGCCGAGGGCUUGCUGCGUCGGUCCGUUACCGGAUUUGCCUCACAGUGUGUUUGGGCUUGGGCCACAGCCUCGUGGUACACCCGAGAUCGUCAUUGUUUUCUGGACGGGCGAUCCAGAAGCUCGUUGGGUCCCGCCCUGCUCUCAUUUCAGUGAUCCUACCCAAGCGAUAGACAGCCUUUUCCACAAGUGUUCCGCCAUGGACAAGAUCUGGGAGGGUAUGAAGACCACAAUCGACUCUGUUCCGCCACGCUACGCUUGUAAGGUCACGUUGGUCAAUACCGACGCAAUCAUGUCACUCGCCACGCCCCAGACUCACUCCAUGUCGCUCGUCGAGGCGUACCUUCGAAGUCGCUUCCCGAGCAUGUUCAAUGCAGCCAUCAGCGGUUAUCCCCCACCCGUCUUCCGCACCAUGCAAGAGUGGAUCGAGGACGGUCAUGCGGAUGACGUUUUCACGCCGGAGGAGUUGGCGCCCUUCAAAGCCAAGGUCCCCGGUGUAUAG